AUGUCGUACCUUCAGAAUCAGCUCAAGAGCUUCAACGCUAGUGUGAUGGAGUCAGCGAACCGCUUGCCUCAGCAGAGGCGAGUGGCCGUUAACGCUCCUCCAUCUGCUAGCAGCUCACAGGCUCCCUCAUCGGCACCGACCCCUUCGUCGACCAGCGAUCCGAAAAAGAAGCGCCAUGACGCGGACAUCGUCUACUCCCAGCCAGCCAACACAGGUACCGGCAAGGAUAUCAUGACGCAGGUUCUUUUUGCGAUCGAGCAUAUGAAGAACAAGGGCGUGCCGUUAAAGUUUGGCGAUAUCAUCUCAUACCUAUCCCUGCAGCACCGGGCGCAUGAUCAGGGAUAUGUCCAAGCACUACGCAGUAUCUUGCAGAUGCAUGAGAAGGUCGACUACGAUCCAGCCGGUGCCAGCGGCGAAGGCACCUUUAGUUUCCGCCCACCUCAUAAUGUUCGCAACCCUGAACAGCUGCUCCGCAAGCUUCAGUCCCAAACCACCGCAGCUGGUAUGAGUGUUCGCGAACUUCGCGAGGGUUGGCCAAACGUCGAGGAUGCUAUCAACCAACUGGAGAAGGAAGGCAAACUCCUAGUCACUCGGAACAAAAAGGAUGACCACGCCAAGAUGAUCUGGGCUAACGACCCUUCCCUCAUUGAACAUUUCGAUGAUGAGUUCAAACAAAUCUGGGACAAGAUCAAGAUCCCGGAUGCUCAAGCCGUGAAAGAAGCGCUGGAGAAGGCUGGCAUCACUCCCACCAACAAGAACAAGGUGAUGAAGCCACGGCCCAAGAUGGAACCAAAGAAGGUCAAAAAGGCCCGCCGCAGCGGCAAGACCACCAAUACUCAUAUGAUGGGUAUCCUGCGGGACUACUCGCACCUCAAGCGGUGA